AAACUGAACUAAGCACAAUAAGAAGAAAGUCAGAAUGGUUUUCAAUAUUGGGCAUUAUCUGCUCUUGGCAAUAGCUUUGCUAAGUGUUCCUGGGGCUCCUGGAGUUUCUGGAGUUGAACGUAUAACUCAUGGAAGGAAUAUAAACAUCACUCAAGUUCCUUGGCAGGUGUCCCUACACUAUUUGGGCAAGUUUCAUUGCGGGGGAUCCAUCUACAGUGAAACUAUUAUCAUAACUGCGGCACACUGUGUUGAAAACAAACGGAUAGGGGACAUCGAAAUUCGAGCUGGAUCCUCUAACCAUAAAAGCGGAGGUGUUUUGGUGGAAGUUGAAAACUUUCGUUAUCACGAAAGGUUCACCAGAAAGGACUUUCGCAGUGAUGUUGCUGUUAUUAAAUUACGGAAUCCACUAACUUUCUCCAAUACCAUUCAACCAAUUGCUUUGGCUGAGCAGGAUCCGGCCGAAUGGUCACUGGGAUUAGCCACAGGCUGGGGCUUAACGCCUUUUUAUAAUCCCGAUUAUCUUCAGGGAGUCAAACUGGCCAUCAGAUCGUGGGAAUGGUGUAAAAUAAAAUACCCAUACUUACUGCUCGACGAUGACAUUUGUGCUGGAAGCGCUUUAGGAGGCCCAUGCAAUGGAGAUUCCGGUGGACCCUUGGUCGUUGAUGGAAAGCUAGUGGGGAUCACCUCACGUGGUAGACAGUUUUUAUGUUUCUCCUCUGGACUUUUCGCCAGCGUAGCUAAAUAUCGUUCGUGGAUCCUGAAUACCAUUAAAUCGGUUUGAAAUUUCUGAUAUUGCAGUUAUAUUUGUUAGUAGCUGCACUUUGUUGUGCUGUACUCCGAAUUAAAAAGAAAAUUUGCAACUAAAUGUUAAUCAAUUUGUACUUUUCGUUUUUAAAAUAAUGAAAUAAAGGAUCAGAUAAAUAAAA